UGUGCGCCUGACAAUUUUCAGUUCACACUUCACGUCAAGACUGAAAACGAAAGUGUCAGUGUGUGUUUGAAUCGUUCUGCUGAAAGGUUCUGCUUAUUAAACGAUGGAUAAAACUGAUUCAGUAUUCGAGUUCAAUCAAAAUGAACAUGAACCGAGUGCCUCAUCAGACGAAGGAAAAGCAAGGCGAUGGGUCACCCUUCCAAUGGAACCAGCAACACCAAAGGAAUGGGAAUCCUGGCGGAUGAAGAAGUCACUUGUUGAGAGUGAGAUGCUACAAAAAUUGGCUCAGCAUCAUGAAAAGUUCCAUGACGAAAUGAAAAUGCAACUGAUUUGCCUGCAGGAAAAGUGUCAGCAGUCUUUUCGGAAUUUUCAACAAGAACUCGACGCGGCCUUCAUCGGGGAGUUGUUGAAACUGCAAAACGAAAAUGAGAUGUUGAAAAAGGAACUUGAGAAGUAACAAUUUUUUGCUCAAACUGCUUGAACUCAAACUUGAAAUGGAAUAAAAAUGUUUUGCAUUAA